CUUACAGCAACAGAGCAGCUAACGUUUCGGCGGUUGUUUUAACCUAAAACGGCGGAGAUUGUGGAUGUGCCUUACUUUCCCGAUUAUUUUGGUGUUUUAUUGUGCUUUUCAGUGAGGGAUUGUGGAAUUGCUGCCAUAUUCAAAAGCCGGCGGAAAAAUGGGUGAUGGAAUGAUGGAGGUUUCCUUCGAGGAUCUGAGUGUUUACGAUCAUUCUGCUAUGAGCGUCGACGAAGGAAGCAAUAGUUACUUGCUGGAUACCGAUAACAAUAACCUUCAGCAAUCUAGCACUGAUGCCACCGGCGAGAUUGUUUGUGGUCAGCAACUUAUGAACAACGUUAACUUAUCUGAUCAAAAAACUAGCAGCACGCUAAUCGUUGACGAAUUUCCUAAAAGAUCCGAGCACAUCGUUGAAGCUGGAGAUGCUACGCGUUUUCCAUUGGGCAACACGAAUGAUCAAAACUUGCCCAUCCCCACCAUCACCAAUAUGGAUCGUGUGAAACUGCAUAUUUUCGAUUCGCCUAAGAAAGAUGUACAUUCUUCUGGUAAAGAGAAUCAGUGUGGCGAUGCAUCGAAUGAAAAAUUUGAAUUUCCCCUCCUAACGAAUAGAGGGCUUGAUGAUAAGUUUCCUAUCGAACCGUGCACGCUCCCAUCGAAGACUGUCGAUGCUGGAAACUGUCCGUUAGAAGAGGAAAAAUUUACUUCAGGCAAUCAUUAUAAUUUCUCCGCGAUCGAUUUCGACUGUUUAUUAUCCAGAGGAUCUUCGCAAACCGCGGCUACAAAAAGUGCAUCGGACACAUCCAUUGUUGUGCCAAGGGAUUCAGUGCUCAUAAACUUCGAUCCGCUGCUCAGGCGACAAACUAUUGUGAAAGCGGACUCAUUACUUCCUGAUGACUUUGGACCAUCUGGCGACCACUGUGUUAAUCUGAGCUCAGCAUCAGAAUUCCCUUCAAAACAGGAAAUCUGUGAUUCUCCUGCGAAAUCCAGCUAUCUUACACCAUCGGAUUCCGAACUGUUGCUCAAAUCAAACGACCAAGUUAUACAGAGAAGUGUCGUUAUUAAUGAGUCAGGCGGGUUACCAGAAAUUGAUUAUUCGGCAAGCGAAGGAUUGCCAAUACCACUCGACGAAGUGAAACAACUGCCGUCUCAAUUACUAGAUCAAUCCUUAUUUGAAUCUGCAACGUGCCCUUACCAGCCCCAGAACGUAGAGUAUUCCUGUGGUUCGGAAGAACAAGGAAAAAAAGAAACAGGCUCCAGCGAAAAUAGAAAACAACUGCAAGUAAAUGAACAUAGCUUGCCGGCUACCAUUGGCACAUUGAAUCAAAACGUCCUUGCACAAUUGCACAAAAAUCGAGACGAAGAACGUCUACAAAAUGCCGAUAACUUGAACCGCAAGAACGAUACAAAUGCUGUGGAGUUACUUGAGCCUGACGAAUUAACUGUACCAGAAGUGGCACCACCUUGCGACUUGGCGAAACAGACAGAUUUCUCCAAUUGCCCUACUGAUCGUAAGGAAUAUAAUGAAUUAAUGCAAUUGAACAAUAUGCUCGAUAUCUCCAUAACAGAAAAACAACACAAAUUUCUUAAUAAUAUGAGUGACGACCACGCCGCGCACGUUCAAGACGCUAGCCAUGAAGUCGAGAAGAAAUGUAAAACUGAUGAAAAUAACUUUGCAGAUAUGGAGAAAAAAAUGCAAGCUGUGGACUUGAGGGAAGAGAGUAUGCUUAAAAGAAUUACAGAAAAAGAUAAGACUAUCUGUAAAAUGAGCAACGUCGUUGAAGCCUACGAACGUACCAUAGCAGAACUGAUAUCGGAGAAAGAAACUCUUAUUCGCACUCAUGAACUAGAAUGUGAAAGUCUCAAGCAAGACAAUGAGAUCAAUGCUCAACAUCUGGAGUCACUGGAAAAGACAUUUUCCAAUUUGUAUGCAAAAUAUGAACGCAUGAAGAAAAACGCCGUGGAGUACAAAGAACGCGAAGAAAAACUUUUGAAUAAAGUAUUGAAGUUAGAAGAGUGCUUAAGAGCCCAAGAGCAACGAUAUGAGAAGAUGAAAAGCCAUGCCAUGAGCCAACUAGAAAUUGCCAACACCAAAAUAGACGAGGCAAACCGCAACCAUUCCCAGGAGUCGGCCAAAUUGAAGGCGCAAAUUAAAAAGGAAGAAUUGUAUAGAAUUUCGAUCAACGAGCAGCUGAUUCAAAAAUCGAAAGAAAAUGAAGAACUAGUUAAAAUAUGCGACGAGCUGAUCAGUGAUACAAACUAAGAAAUUGUUUUUCUAUGGAUGGAUUGUUGUGUAAAACAGAAUGAUUCUAAGUUUCUCUUGGCUGAUGGUCGAAAAAUAGAUUACUUGCUCUCUUAGGUCUACCGUAAACUUGUUAGGUUCAGUAAAUCUACAAACUGACCCCUCUGCUUAUACAUAAUCAUUUUGGUUCAAUAGAUAUUUCCUACUACUUUUGCGAAGAAUUGUCGAAUGCGCGAAGGCGUUUCGGAUGGUUCUUUUUCGCUAGUUCAUAGUGUACUAAACAUGGUUUGAAAAUGCAUGAUAAUAAACAAAUAUUUGCUUAACAAUACA